UUCUCUCCUCUCGUCUGUCUCGGCUUAUUUAAAUCUCCUCGCCUCUCGGUACACCAAAAGCGCUUACCUUCAACAUCUUCGCUAUUAUGCGAUUGGAAUGUCCUCUCGUACACGUCAACCAUGUCAUCCCACUCUCCUUCGGCAUUCUCUCCAUGUUCUGCUAUGGAUAAGCAUGGCGUUCACUGUUUCCACCUCACUUCUAUUUCUGUUUCUCGUGUUUGUUUGGGGCAAGCGUGGCAAGGUUGUAAUUUGGGAUUGGUCUUGGGCGGCAGGAUUGCGGCUUUGGCUUACGGGGGAGGCAGGCACACACACUCCUUAUGAUUGAUGCAUGAACAUAUUAUACGAUUUUCCUUUUGUUUUCGUUGGUCGUCCGUCGGUUGUUUUCUGUUUUCUGUUGCUGUUUCUUCGGGUCUUCUGCGAGUCGCGAAAGUGACACA